AGACGCUUGCCAAACGCUCUUUCCUCUCCCUUCGCACCACAUGAGCUUCCAUCAUGCCCACUUCGCCCUUGAAUUGCCUGACUCGCACAUGCGUCCGGUCCUACACAAAUCGGUAGCGCCAGCCUGAAACAGUAACAUUGCGCUCUUGGCCCCACCAUCCUCUUGUGUACUGGAACCAGGGCAUGCGCGCAUCCGUGUUGGUGCGGCUGAAGACGAGCUUUCGCAUAUCAUGUUCUUGCUCUCGCCCACAGUGUUUCUCCCACUCUCUUAGCUUUCCUACUCCGCCAUGCCACAACUCUCCGACGAUGUGACUAUUGCGGCCCUCGUGAUCUCGCUGAUUGCUCUCGGUGUUUCUUACAUGCAGCUCACCCAGCAGAUCUUGUCGACCGUGUCAGCUUUUCGUUGCUGCUCUUACCAAGUCAUUGGACCAUGGUAUCGCAGACGAAGUCUACGGCCGCGAUUUUUCGAGCUCAGGCUUGAGCUUCGCUACGAGACACCAAAGAUUGUGCUGGUAACGCCUGAUGAGCUUAAAGAUCACGCUAACCAGCAGGAAAAGUCUGUGAGCCUGAUGUUCGGCCCUGAGCUCAAUGGUAAUAAGAAAUAUCGGGAGCUUGACGACACUGUACAUGGCGAGUGGAUUCCUGAUAUGCAACCAGCGACAAACAUGACGGCUCCGUCCAUGCGGAAACUGGCCACAUCUAUGGACGGUCAAGGAUCCGAACUCGAGAUGGCGAUACCGCCGCCCACCGAUCGUGUAUCAAAUGCAAGACAUAACCCCAAAACUUACGGCUUCUGGACCGCCAAACAGAAACCGCAGCCGAAGAGCCGACGGAGAGGGCGGAAGGUCGGUGUUAGAGAGACCGAAAUACUAGCGACCUGGCUGAGGUUCAUGUACGAGAUUCACUCCGUCUAUGUGGGUUACUUCCCAGAAGGUUGUACUGCAGAAUGCAACAGCCGACGGAAAGUGUGCGGAGGCAAGAGUCCACGAAACCCUGAAGCCCCAUGCGCGGACAACCACGCUCGCACAGAGCCAGCAGCGAUUUAUUGCAAAUGGAGCUGGGACUUCAUGCCAGAUGACCUUAUCCGGCCGCUUGCUAGAAUUGAUUUAGGUGACAUGGUCGUGAUAGCACUACGGCUUGGUAUGCGAUGGCGGUCACUCGAUCCCGGCAGCGGUAGACUGGCAGCUGAGGGUAAUGGUUACAGCAUUACGGCCAGCGAGGAAGGCGGCCUUGGUCUCGUAGUGCGGUUCAACGCUGGGCGGGAAGACGGCUUUCUUCCGGCCCUCGUUCCAAGUCGAGCUGUUGACAAGCUGAUGUGCGGCAUCAUCCCAGGUGAUCCGUCCCUUGUGCGCGAAGACUUUGAUUUCAUCGAGCGCCUAGAUGGCCACAAAAGCUUGGAGGCAUUGCUUACGAGAAUCGGUGUCACCUAUGGAGCGACGAACACCAUCCUGGCGCAUGGAUGUCGUGAGACGAACAAUGAGCUUGUUAUGCUAUUGUGCCCAUUCUUGCCACUAAAAGGCUGUAAAAUGGUGCUACAUUCCUUUGCGGGUUGGGUCCAAUCGAUGAAAGGCGUGUUCUCGUGCUGGGAGGGCAGAGUGUGUCUGCAUCGCGGCUUAGAGCAGGCGAUAGCGCGAUACGGUAGCUCUAAAGAUUCUUCCUUGAUUGCGAUUCGAGAACGUCUUGAUACCUUCAGGAAGGAAUAUGCUGACGACUACUACGUACGACGGGCCAAACGGGCGCUCACGGAGCAUCAUUCUUCUCCCGAAAAGCAAGAAUCACUGUUGAUAUUCCUUCGGGACGCAUUCGACCACACAACGCGGUACUUUCGAGAGAAGAGAUGGCACCUCGCGGAUGUAGAGAGCCGAACGCAGUAUGUAGAUCUUGUUGCCACACAUGUAUGUAUGGCGGACACGGCCUGUAAGCGUGGCGAACGAGAAGCCGCGAAGAAACGCAAGGAGAAGCAGCAGCCAGUUCCUGAAGCACCGAAAACUGCAGUUGCAGAGACAGCGAAGAUUGCAGUUGCAGAGAUACCGAAGACUGACGACGAUGAGAACAUGGCGGACUGGGUUUCGAGCGAGAAGUAUGAAGCAUGGCUAGAAGAGGUCCGAAAGCGGUACAACGUUGCGAAGCCUGAAGAGCGUGGCGACUGGGUAUCGGAGGAAGUCUUCGAGAAAGGUCUCGCCUAUGUUGACGCCGUCACGAAUUCGAAAAGCAACGGCAUAUGGAACUACAUACUAGAGAAGCACAAGGACCGAGGCUUGACCCGCGAAGCAGUCGAAGAGGCUUGGUGGAUGUUGAUGCUUCGGGGAAUCGUUUGGAGCGCCUCGACCAACGGUCUCGAACAGGUGAGCCCAGUGCCGGCGAGCUUCUAUGGCGACAAGACGCCAUUGUGGAUAACGUAAGGACGGCGUUGAUCCAAGUCAACAGCCGAUUCGUCCACUGAAAACUUUGGCCGCGAGUAGCUAUGCCGAGUAGCUGAGAUGCUCCUUUCAACCAACCCGAUAUUGUUUGGUUACUGAGCAUGCUCGUCCAUUAUGCUGCAUAAAGCUCGUCUUGUUCACGCUCUGCGUGGCCUUCGUCGUCCGUAACUCACUGGCUAUCAUCGCCUUGACUUGGUAUGGACUUCUAGGUAGCUCUUCUGAUGAACCAACCAUCUGCGGCGGUGGCGGAGGUCGGAGAAAUCGCGCUUG